AACAAAAUCAAGACCACAUGAAGACAUUCCUCUGAACAGAGACAAAGGAUCUACAAGAAAAAUACGCUUCGGCAUCUCAAUAAAAAUGUCAAGCGAGAUCACGACUGUUUCAGCAAGUAUUGCUGAUACUCACAUUGAUCCUUCUAUCAAUGACACCAACAAUGACGCGAACUCCGAUGAAGUCGGUACAGAAAAGAUCACGCCAAUCGCUGUUGCUAAAACCGAAGAAGAACUAUCUGGCAAAGAUGACAGUGCGCCUUCUCCCUUAGUGAUUGCAGCGAAACCUCCAAAUUCAGCAAUGGACACAGCAAAAAGUUUGAAUGAGAGCAACAACAAGAUUAUCAAGGAGCUAGACGACGAAACAGCAAAAACAUUUCCUCAAAUCGUGAGUGUCAACUUUGUUUGUUCUGCUACUGUUAUGCAUAGCGAAUGUAAUCGAGUAGAUUUAUUGUAUUUCAUCUCACAUUUUUACUCCACGCAAUAAAAAAUGAUUUUGGAAUGCGCCUUACUUUUUUCUCUACGUUGCUUGCUACUUUCAAAAUCCGCUCCAAGCUUAUGGAGAUUCUGACAAACGACGAAAAUUCCGAUACCAUUGCGUGGUUGCCUCAUGGGAGGUCUUUCAUCAUCUACAAGAAGAAAAAGUUUGCGGCACAGGUCUUAGUGAAAUAUUUCAAGGUAGGGUCUCCGGGAUCGUUUUUGUGUCGUUUCAACAAGUACUUACGAUACCUACAUUACAAUUCUAAUGCCUUUUUUUGACGUCGUUGUGGCAACGACCUGACUUUUUUGCAAUCAUUGAAGGCCACGAAGUUCACUUCAUUCACUCGCAAACUCAAUCGCUGGGGCUUUACGAGAGUUACUCGAGGAACAGAAAUGGGCUCUUAUUUCCACAAAAUGUUCUUGAGAGACAAUCCAGAAUUGUGUUUACGAAUGAGUAGCCACACCUCUAGCAAGUAUCAUCAUUCCCACCACCACGACCCCGCCAAUCCUAUUCAAAAUGCACCCCACAUGCAUGGUCAUCUGGUGAUGAAUCCUGGUGGUGUUUCGGGGUUUAUGCCCCCAGGAGCUUUGGGAAUGCCAGUGGUACCAUUUCCCUUUUACGGUAUGCCGGGCAUGGCUCCAGGAGCAACGACAGCGGGAAUGGUUUCUCCUCCUAACGGUAUUCCACCGCCAGCACCGAUGCAAGCAAACAUGCCAGCACCUCCUACUACCGCAGCAGAAUUUUCUCAACAGAAUCAAUAUAUCAACCAACAGCUGCAGCAACUGCAGUGGCAACAAUUCCAACUACAGCAGUAUCAACAUCAACAAAUGCAAGCGGCCGCUGCCGCAGCUGCCAAUCACCCGAACAAUGAUGGUGCACCGUAUCAGCAAUCCCCUCCCGGAACACUACCGUUGUAUGGGGGAAAUCCUUAUCCACCUCAGCCACUGCAACCCCAAGCAAUUUCAGACUUACCGGAUAACACUCCUCCAAUAGCUUUAACCGCACCAGAACCUCCAGUGGUAGGCCAACACCCGCCAUCGACGGGGCAAGCUGAAAAUGGUCAACACCCCUCUCCCGCUCGCCCCGUCCAACAGUUACAGCAACAACCACAGCAACAGGACCAGGCGACAUCGCUAAUGCAUCCUUCUACACAUGGUGGAGCUCAUGCAUCACAGCAACAUCCGCAUUAUCAGAACCAACAGUUGCAUCCUUCUCCUACACAACAGCCUCCAAACAAUAAUCCAUAUGGACACAAUCCUCAUUAUCAAUACGGACAGCAACAAUCUCAUGUUCCACACGGUCCGCCUCAUUCUCAUCAAGGAGUGUCCAAUGGGCCUAACCCCCCUCCCGUGGGUCACCUCGGAGGGGAACAUUAUGGAGGACAGCAACCGUCACAGGUACAACUGCAGCCAUAUCCUUAUCAAUACCCUCAACAACAGCCCUAUCACCAUCACAAUCCUCAACAACAACAACAGCAGCAGCAGCAGCAGCAACACUAUAACCAUCCUAUUCAUCCCCAACACAGCGCUGGGCUUGGCCAGCAGCAGCAACCUGAGAUGACACGCUUGCCACCGUCGUCACAACCAACAUCGGGACAGACAGCGCCUUCAACACCUGAUGGUCCGGAUGAGUUAGGAGUUGUUAAGCUUGAGCAAGGUGAGGUAACCAACAAUUCUGCAGGCGCAAACGAUAUCACAGAUAAGCAAGACGAAGAUAUAACGAUGUAGUCCUUUUAGACAUUUUGUGAAAGAUAUUACUGAAUGUAAUCUUGGGAUUCGAGUAUACAAAAUGAAAAAAGAAUAUCAUAAAUUAAGUUUAUGAACUAGAAGAGGCACUCAGGAAGCAAGUAAAAUGGCAGUCAGCAGCAGUGCUCCCAGUUGCACCGAGGGGCGUCAUCCGUAAAAGAGGACAACCGAUUCACUUUGACAUAGUGAUUGUUUGUAUCUAAUACAUUCCAUAAUGUUGGGAAACUUAAACAGAUGACGAGACCAUAAUAAAGAUUCACAACGACAUUCAUCAUUCUUAGUUUAUUCUCAGCUGAGCUCGCUACAAAUGGGCUGACAUCAUUUUUGAUCUUGAGAAUUUAGUCACAGACAUCUCACUGGCUAGAGACGAUUGGAUAUGGCAAUGAUUCAGUGAUAGUUUGAACUAGCCCCGUAACAGAGAGUCACUUGGUGAGUUGCUUCCUAUUUAAGCUUGGGUCAACCAGUGUGGACGGACCGCCAUGGCCUGAACUCCUGACAACAUUUCAAGCCAAAGUGAUUUCUUCUUGGUUGCACUCUUGACAAUAGUUAGUUGAUGCCACUUCAGAUGAUGCUGCUGCUGGUGGUGCUUCCAAAUAGUAAAUAUUUGUCUAUCAUCUCAUUGAUGUGACUGCUUUCUGCUUUUGUUACCACUUGCUUGAUUCCUCCCCUUUGUUAAUUUUCAGCAAACAUCGCCAAACUCCAGUAACAACAAGUCAAGCAGUAUAUUGUCACCCAGCACCACAAACAUAAUAAUAAGAAAUAGGAGAUUUUUACAGAGUACAGAGCAAGCCUCACCAAACUGAGAUCUUGGAGGGGCUACUUUCCCACGGUCAUAUGAUUCUAAGUCUCAAUAGUCAAACCC